UAUUAUGGUUAGCAGCAGCUGCUCAUAUUUGACCCAUUACUAUAUAAAAUUGCUCAUCCGCAAAGAGAAUAAAACUCCCCUCACUCUCCACUUGCGUUGUGUCGUUCACAAACCCGUCAAAACCGAAAACGUCUCUUUCUUUCAUCAUCGAAAUCACCGCCAUGUGCUCAGUGAUAAGCGCGCAAGGGGUGGCCGUUGCGACCGCCGUGGCCGUCUCCGGCACGGUGAUCCUCCUCGCCCUCCGUCUCCAGAAGUCUUUCCCACCACCCCAAUUCUCCGUUCACCACCAAAUCCCUCCUUCUCCUUCUCCGGUUCUGCGAUCUUGCAUAUCCAAUGGGAAGAAGAGCAAGAAGAAGAAGAAAAGAGUGCACUUUGCGGAGGACGUGGUGGAGUCGUGCAGAGACGGAGAAGAGUUCAGGAAGCGAAACUCACGAUCGAAGGUUCUGAAGAGUUAUUAUAACAACAACAACGGGGAAGAAGAAGAAGAAGAAGAAGCGAAGAUCGGAGGAAUAAUGCCUGCUAACAGGGUAGCUUUGUAUAACGGAAUUCUUAGGGGCCGUGUGGCCCAACGUUUGGCCUACUCUUGUUGAUUUUGGUUUUUCUGUGAAUAUUCUCCGAUUAUGCUUCUUUCUUUUCUUUUCUCUUAUUUUUACAACAGCUAGUAGUAAUAAAUUAAGAAUUUAGAAGCAGAUCUAGAGGGUGGGUCCACCACAAAGGCUGAUAUUAGUUGUUGCAGUGCAGUGGUUGCUCUCUUCGAUGAGAGAGCUUAUUGGACACAGGGUGUAUGUAGUGUAGUGUCUUGUGAAUCGUGAAAGGAUUUUGUUCAUAUUUUUAGGAUAGGAUAAUCUUCUGCCCCCUCUCCAUAUUUGUACUUCAACCCAUCCAUUUUCUGCAAUUUGUUCUUGUAUUGUCAUUUCUGACAUGUAAAUACAAGUAGUUCUAGUUUUUUUUUUUUAAAUUCCAAUUAUAAUAGGUUGUUGACAUGCAUUCUAGUCCAUCUUUUUGUGAGAAACAACAAAUUGUUAUUUUUCCUUGAAUGUAGA